AUGACGGCCUCUAACAAGGAUCUGAAUCCUUGUACCUCCAGCGUGGGUCCAAAACAGUCAAAGCAACCCACGGAUCGCAUCCAACACCCACCUGCCUCCCCCAGCUCUGACGCCCGGCUCUCCCUGCCCCAAGGCCCGUGUGUGGGCUGCUCCGUUGUUGUGUUUCCUCCACUGGCUUCUUCCUGCAGACCAUGUGUGAGUGUCUCCGUGGAAUAUUCAGAGUCACCUGGACGCCUUCCUCCAAUGCAGUCGUACAGCCCCGCCUCUUGCUGCCCUAAUAUGGGGGCAUCUCUCUGCACUGUGGCCAAUCAGGCAGCUGGACGCGUCCCUCCUAGAGAUGCCAUGGGCCCGAGCCAGCAACAACAGCUGCAGCGUGACAGUCACAGGAUCUGUUUGCCCCCCAGUUCCAACUCUACCGGAGAGCUCACCCACCAGCCUGGUAUGUCGGCCCCCAAUGUGGACUCUGACAGAGACCAAGAGGACGGCCAUGUUUUCAACCAGACCAGAGAUCCAGCCGUAAAAGAUAAGAGGCGGUCGCCCCCCUCUAAUCGAUCCCCCUCCGCCCCACAACGCAACCCUCACCACAGCGGCUCCGCAGACGAACAGGAGACCCCCGAGAGAGUGGUGCAGAAGGAGAAGCUCCAUGCAGAGCUGAAACAGGUGCUGAGCCAGAAGAGAAGUCAUCUGAGGGAGCCGAGCUGCCAACUGGCCCAACCAGAGAUGGACUCAGAGGCCACAGACGAGCAGACAAGUGGGGAGGAAGCUUCUAUCCCUGUGGAAAUCGUGGUGGAAACUGAGGCAGAGGCCGGAGCCAGCGGCUACAGUGUGACUGGUGGAGGAGAGCGAGGGAUCUUUGUCAAGGAUGUCCUCAAAGACUCUCCAGCUGCUAAGCAUCUCAGUCUACAGCAAGGUGACCAGCUGCUGAGUGCCAAGGUCUACUUCGACAACGUGAAAUAUGAAGACGCCCUGAAGAUCCUUCAGUGUGCGGAGCCAUAUAAGGUCAGCUUCCUGCUGAAAAGGACCAUCCAAGGAGCUGAGGUCAUCGUGCGGCCUCGAGUUCCCAGCGUGGAGGCCAAAGGACCCAAAGCCAAGAUGGCCAAAAUGAGUGUGAAGGGCACCAAGCCGUUCAAGGCCAAGAAGAAGAGAGGCGGUCGCUUUGGUCUGAAGAGGCUGAAAGAGAAGCGCAGAGAGGAGCUGGUCAUAGAAGGAACACCCUCGAAGCUGGAGCUGAGUGACGUGGAUGUGGAGUUUUCUCUUCCCAAAUUCAAACAGAGGAGGAGUGCAAAGGUUGAAGCAGAGGGAGCCGGAGCAGGAGCGAAAGCAAAGAGGAAGAUCAGGUUUCCCCACAUGAAAGCUAAGGGUUACACUGGCGCAGAGACAGGAGGAAAAGUGGAAACUGAACGACUCGAGGGGCAGGUGAAUAUCUCUCCAGCUGAGAUACCUGGAGCUAAAGUGAAAACCAAAGGAAAAGGACACAAGUUUGGAAUCAACUUUCCUAAGACUAAACACACAAAGUCCGGCUCGGCUUUGGAAACUGGAUCUUUGGAGCUGAAGCCACCAGAUCUGAACAUCCGGCCACCAUCAGUGGAGUUCAGUUUGUCUGGUGAUAAAGGCAGCAAUAUGGAUGUGGAGAAGGGGGGAGCUAAGUUUAAUGCACCUGAUGUGGAGUUUUCACUCCCUUCUGGAAAAGGUGAGGCAUCUUUGCCAGCUGUUAAGGGAAAAACAGAAAUCAAAGCUCCUAAAAUUGAAGUCAAAGGAGGGGUUGAUGCAGAGGCAGCUGGGGGAAAAGUUGAUGUAGAUGUAGGCAAAGGAGAUGCAAAGCUCAGAAUGCCAAAGUUGAAACUACCCAAAGUUAGACUCUCAUGUCAUUCAGAUGAGAUAGAUGGUGGCAUCAAGGUAAAAGCAGAAGAAAUGAAAAUGCCUAACGCUGACAUAACACCCCCAAAAGUAGAAAUCAAAGGGGGUGGUGAUGUUGGUUUCCCUGAAGCACAUUUAACCAAACCACAGAUAGAAGGAGAUCUCUCAGGAAAUGCUGCAUCGAUUAAAAUGCCUUCGGUUGAUAUUUCUUUACCAAACAUGAAGGGAAAGUCUGACAUGGACGUCUCAUUCCCACAGUAUGAAGCAGCUGGGAAGACAGCAGUUAAAAUGCCUGCCAUUGACAUCUCUGUGCCUGGUGUUGAUUUAGAGCUGGACACUGGACGGAGAAUCCCUGAUGAGGUGGAGGGCACUUUUAAAGGGCCCAAAAUUUCUAUGCCAAAAGUUGAUAUCACAUUACUAAAGAUGGGAUCACCAGAUGUCAAUAUCGAAGAUGCAGAGGGUGGAGGGAAGUUCGGUGUGCCUUCUGUUGACAUCUCUCUUCCAAAAGUGAAAACUGAGGGUGUAGAUGUAGAUAUGGACUAUUACGUUGGCGGAGAUGGACAGUUCAAGAUGCCUAAUUUUGACUUAUCCCUCCCAAAAAUUAAGUCACCAGAGGGAGAAGUAGAUGUAAAAGGACAAGACAUUGAAGGGGGAUUCAAGUUGCCCAAAGUAGACUUAACCCUUCCAAAAGGCAAAGCAGCAACGGCUGAGUUUAAAAUGCCUACAUGUAAUAUAUCUCUUCCCACAAUGAAAUCGGCUGAGGGAGAUGUUGUUUUGGAGGGACCUGAAAUCAAAGGUGGAAAGAUCAAGAUGCCUACAGUCGAUCUCUCUCUUCCCCAAGGAAAAAUAGAGGGUGAUUUGAACAUCGAUGGCAGCAGCAAGUUCCCAAAAAUGAAACUGUGUGAAGGAGAGGUGAAGCUAGAAUGCCCUGAAAUCCCAAAUGUUGACUUUUCACUUCCCAAGGCUAAUGUAGAAGGUGACAUGGAGCUCGAGGGCAGUGGUGGUAGCGGAACCAAGUUCAAGAUGCCCACAUUUGACAUCUCACUCCCAAAGAUGAAAUCCAAAGAAGGAGCGGUUGAUAUUGAAGGACCUGAAGUCAAAGGAGGAAAGUUCCAUCUGCCUUCUUUAGAUGUGAUAAUGCCAAAGAUUAAAUCACAGGGAGGUGACAUUGAUGUUGAAGGUCCUGGACUUAAAGUCAAAUCACCAAAGGCAGGUCUAGACCUAAAGGGUGAGAUAAAAGGAGGGAAAAUUAACAUGCCUACAGUUGAUAUCUCUCUUCCAAAAGGAAAAGCAGAGGGUAAGAUAGAUUUUGAAAGACCCUCAGCAAAAGGAGGCAACUUUAAGAUGCCUACAUUUGAGUUAUCCCUACUAAAGAUGAAGAUGCCUGAGGGAAAUAUUGGCCUUGAGGGACCCUCUGUUGAUAUUCCUCCCCCUCAGCAAACAUUUGAGGGUGAUAUCUCUGUAGAAGGUGAAGGAAAAGAUGGCAAAUUCAGCCUUCCAUCUGUAGACAUUGCUCUCCCUGAGGGAGAUGUAAAUUUUCAGGGGCCGAAAGUUAAAGGUGGGAAGUUUGAAAUGCCAAUAAUUGACCUUUCGCUUCCUAAAGGAAAAGCACAGGGAGAUAUUGAUAUUGACAUUCACUCUGGAAAAGAUGGACAUUUUGAAAUACCAGCCUGUGAUAUUGGACUUCCUAAAGGAAAAACCAAAGGUGACAUAAAUAUUGAAGGCCCAGAGGGAGAAAUGGGUAAAUUUAAAAUGCCAAAAUUUGAUAUUUCACUUCCAAAGAUGAAACUGCCAGAGGGUGAUGUCAAAGUGGAAGGACCAGAGAUGAAAGGAAAAAUGGAAAUGCCCACUGUCGAUAUUUCACUUCCAAAAGGAAAAGGCGAGGUUGACAUAAAUGUUGAUGGUCCUGAAGGGAAAGGAGGAAAGAUAAAAAUGCCAAAGUUUGACCUUUCAUCACCAAAGGUUAAUUUUCAUGAGGGUGACGUCAAAUUAAAAGGUCCUGAGAUAAAGAGCAAGAAGAUUGAGAUGCCAGACAUUGAUAUUUCUCUCCCCAAAGGAAAGGCAGGGGGGAAAACUGACUUUGAAGGGCAUGGUGGAAAAGGAAGCAAGUUUCACAUGCCCUCUGUUAAUAUCUCUCUUCCUAAAUUCAAAGCUAAGGGAGUUGAUGUUGAUAUUAAAAGUCCUGAACUUAAGGGAGGAAAAAUUAUUCCACCAGACAUUGACAUUUCACCCCCCAAAGGAAAGGCUGAAGCUGAUCUCGAUAUUGAAGGACCUGAGGUAAAAGGAGGCAAAUUCAAAAUGCCAAAAUUUGAUGUUUCACUUCCAAAGAUGAAACUGCCAGAGCGUAAUGUCAAAAUGGAAGGACCAGAAAUAGAAGGUAAAAUGGACAUGCCGACCAUUGAUAUUACACUCCCAAAGGGAAAAGUAAAGGGAGAUAUUGACAUUGAAGGACCUGGACUUAAAGGUGACAUUUCACUUCCAGAAGGAAAAGUUGAGGGUGACUUAGAUGUCAAAGUUCCUGGAGGUAAAGGAGGCAAAUUCAAAAUGCCAACAUUUGAUGUUUCAUUGCCAAAAGUGAAUCUUCCAGAGGGGGGAUUCAAAAUAAAAGGCCCCGACAUUAAGGAAGGGAAGAUUGACAUGCCAGAUAUUGAUAUGUCACUCCCCAAAGGACAGGCUGAAGCUGACCUAAAUAUUGAGGGACCUGAGGUAAAAGGAGGAAAAUUCAAAUUGCCAAAAUUUGAUGUUUCACUCCCAAAGAUGAAACUGCCAGAGGGUAAUGUCAAAAUGGAAGGACCAGAAAUUGAGGGGAAAAUGGACAUGCCGACCAUUGAUAUUUCACUCCCAAAGGGAAAAGUAAAGGGAGAUAUUGACAUUGAAGGACCUGAACUUAAAGGUGACAUUUCACUUCCAGAAGGAAACGUUGAGGGUGACUUAGAUGUCAAAGUUCCUGGAGGUAAAGGAGGCAAAUUCAAAAUGCCAACAUUUAAUGUUUCAUUGCCAAAAGUGAGUCUCCCUGAGGGUCCUGAAGUUAAAGGUGGAAAGCUUAACAUGCCAUCAUUUGAUGUUUCUCUUCCAAAAAUCAAAUCUCCAGAGGUAGAUGUCAGCCUUGAGGGUCCUGAUGUAAAAGGUGGAAAGAUUGACAUACCAACUGUUGACAUUUCACUUCCCAAAGGGAGUGUUGAGGGGGACUUCAAUGUUGAAGGCCCUGAGGUGAAAGGGGGGAAAUUCAAAAUGCCGAAAUUUGAUGUGUCUUUACCAAAAGUGAGUCUUCCAAAUGUUGAUGCCAAUGUGGAAGGACCAGAUAUGAAAGGAAAAAUUCAAAUGCCCUCAGUGGAUAUCUCUCUACCUAAAAUCAAAGCAAAAGGAGUAGAUGUUGAUAUUAAAGCACCUGAAAUCAAAGGUGACAUGUCACUCCCUCAGAUUAAGUCUCCAGACAUAGAUGUCAGCCUCAAGGGUCCUGAUAUUAAAGGAGGAAAGAUUAACUUACCAACUAUUGAUAUUUCACUCCCCAAAGGAAAAGUUGAGGGGGACCUUGAUGUUGAGGGUCCUGAGAUGAAGGAGGGUAACUUUAAAAUGCCAAGGUUUGAUGUGUCUUUACCAAAAAUGAGUCUCCCAGAGGGUGAUUUCAAACUAAAAGGACCAGAUAUCAAAGGCAGGAAGAUUGAGAUGCCAGACAUUGAUAUUUCUCUCCCCAAAGGAAAGGCAGGAGGGGAAAUUGAAGUUGAAGGGCAUGGUGGAAAAGGAGGCAAGUUCCAUAUGCCCUCUUUUGAUUUCCGUCUUCCUAAAAUGAAAGCUAAAGCACCAGAUGUCAACAUAGAAGGUCCUGAACUUAAAGGUGCAAAAAUCAAUGUGCCAGACAUUGACCUUUCACUCCCUAAAGGAAAGGCUGAAGCUGACCUCAAUAUUGAAGGUCCUGAAGUAAAAGGAGGCAAAUUCAAAAUGCCAAAAUUUGGCAUUUCUUUUCCAAAGAUGAAACUGCCAGAGGGUAAAGUCAAAGUGGAAGGACCAGAAAUUGAAGGAAAAAUGGACAUGCCGACAAUUGAUGUUUCACUACCAAAAGGAAAAGUAAAGGGAGAUAUUGACAUUGAGGGACAUGGGGCUAAAGGAGGGAAGUUCCACAUGCCAUCAUUAGAUAUCUCUCUUCCUAAAAUAAAAACAAAAGGGAUUGAUAUUGACAUUGAAGGACCUGAACUUAAAGGUGACAUUUCACUUCCAGAAGGAAAAGUUGAGGGUGACUUAGAUGUCAAAGUUCCUGAGGGUAAAGGAGGCAAAUUCAAAAUGCCAACAUUUGACGUUUCAUUGCCAAAAGUGAAUCUUCCAGAGGGGGGGUUCAAAAUAAAAGGCCCCGACAUUAAGGGGGGGAAGAUUGACAUGCCAGAUAUUGAUAUGUCACUCCCCAAAGGAAAGGCUGAAGCUGACCUCAAUAUUGAGGGACCUGAUGUAAAAGGAGGAACAUUCAAAAUGCCAAAAUUUGAUGUUUCACUCCCAAAGAUGAAACUGCCAGAGGGUAAUGUCAAAUUGGAAGGUCCAGAGAUUGAGGGAAAAAUGGACAUGCCGACCAUUGAUAUUACACUCCCAAAGGGAAAAGUAAAGGGAGAUAUUGACAUUGAAGGACCUGGACUUAAAGGUAAAGGAGGCAAAUUCAAAAUGCCAACAUUUGAUGUUUCAUUGCCAAAAGUGAAUCUUCCAGAGGGGGGGUUCAAAAUAAAAGGCCCCGACAAUAAGGGAGGAAAGAUUGACAUGCCAGAUAUUGAUAUGCCGACCAUUGAUAUUUCACUCCCAAAGGGAAAAGUAAAGGGAGAUAUUGACAUUGAAGGACCUGAACUUAAAGAUGACAUUUCACUUCCAGAAGGAAAAGUUGAGGGUGACUUAGAUGUCAAAGUUCCUGGAGGUAAAGGAGGCAAAUUCAAAAUGCCAACAUUUGAUGUUUCAUUGCCAAAAGUGAAUCUUCCAGAGGGGGGAUUCAAAAUAAAAGGCCCCGACAUUAAGGGAGGGAAAAUUGACAUGCCAGAUAUUGAUAUGUCACUCCCCAAAGGAAAGGCUGAAGCUGACCUCAAUAUUGAAGGACCUGAGGUAAAAGGAGGAAAAUUCAAAUUGCCAAAAUUUGAUAUUUCACUCCCAAAGAUGAAACUGCCAGAGGGUAAUGUCAAAAUGGAAGGACCAGAAAUUGAGGGGAAAAUGAACAUGCCGGCCAUUGAUAUUUCACUCCCAAAGGGAAAAGUAAAGGGAAAUAUCGACAUUGAAGGACCUGAACUUAAAGGUGACAUUUCACUUCCAGAAGGAAAUAUUGAAGGUGACAUUGAUGUCAAAGUUCCUGGAGGUAAAGGAGGCAAAUUCAAAAUGCCAACAUUUGAUGUUUCAUUGCCAAAAGUGAAUCUUCCAGAGGGGGGAUUCAAAAUAAAAGGCCCCAACAUUAAGGGAGGGAAAAUUGACAUGCCAGAUAUUGAUAUGUCACUCCCCAAAGGACAGGCUGAAGCUGACCUCAAUAUUGAGGGACCUGACGUAAAAGGAGGAAAAUUCAAAUUGCCAAAAUUUGAUAUUUCACUCCCAAAGAUGAAACUGCCAGAGGGUAAUGUCAAAAUGGAAGGACCAGAAAUUGAGGGGAAAAUGAACAUGCCGGCCAUUGAUAUUUCACUCCCAAAGGGAAAAGUAAAGGGAAAUAUCGACAUUGAAGGACCUGAACUUAAAGGUGACAUUUCACUUCCAGAAGGAAAAAUUGAGGGUGACUUUGAUGUCAAAGAUCCUGGAGGUAAAGGAGGCAAAUUCAAAAUGCCAACAUUUGAUGUUUCAUUGCCAAAAGUGAAUCUUCCAGAGGGGGGGUUCAAAAUAAAAGGCCCCGACAUUAAGGGAGGAAAGAUUGACAUGCCAGAUAUUGAUAUGUCACUCCCCAAAGGACAGGCUGAAGCAGACCUCAAUAUUGAGGGACCUGACGUAGAUGUCAGCCUUGAGGGUCCUGAUGUAAAAGGUGGAAAGAUCGACAUACCAACUGUUGACAUUUCACUUCCCAAAGGGAGUGUUGAGGGAGACUUCAAUGUUGAAGGCCCUGAGAUGAAAGGGGGGAAAUUCAAAAUGCCGAAAUUUGACAUUUCUUUACCAAAAGUGAGUCUUCCAAAGGUUGAUGCCAAUGUGGAAGGACCAGAUAUGAACAUUUCACUCCCCAAAGGAAAAGUUGAGACUGACCUUGAUGUUGAAGGCCCUGGGGUGAAGGGGGGCAAGUUUAGAAUGCCAAAGUUUGAUGUGUCUUUACCAAAAGUGAGUCUCCCUGAGGGUGAUGUCAAAAUAAAAGGACCAGAUUUCAAAGGAGGAAAGAUUGAGAUGCCAGACAUUGAUAUUUCACUCCCCAGAGGAAAGGCAGAAGGAGAAAUUGAGGGGCAUGGUGGCAAAUUCAACAUGCCAACCAUCAAGAUGCCUAAUAUUGACUUGUCUUUUACUAAAGGAAAAACAGGCAACAUUGAUGGACCAGAAGUGGAACUAAAGGGAGGUGAAGGACAAUUCAAAAUGCCUCACAUUACAAUGCCAACAAUAGAUGUAUCCCUUCCCAAAGGGAAAUCUGGAGAUCUUGCAGCACCAGAUGUUGAUAUACAUGGUGAUGGAGGCGGAAAGUUUAAGAUACCUCAUGUCAAAAUGCCCAAUAUUGACAUUAACCUGCCGAAAGCAAAAACUGGAAAAAUUGAUGCACCAGAUGUGGAUGUAGAAGGAGAGGGGGGGAAAUUCGGAAUGCAUGGAUUCAAAAUGCCUAAUAUUGACAUAUCUCUGCCUAAAGGAAAGACUGGUAAAUUAGACGGGCCAGAUGUUGAAACUGAGGGAGGAGGAAAGUUGAAGAUGCCACAUGUCAAAAUGCCACAUGUUGACAUUAAUCUUCCAAAAAUGAAAACUGCAGACGUAGAUACACCAGAUGUGGAUGCGAAGGUUGAUGGAGGACGAGCAAAAUUGACAAUGCCCCAAAUUAAUAUGCCUUCAGUUGAUAUGUCACUUCCAAAAGGAAAGGUUGAAGGUUCAGAUGUUGAAACAAAAGGAGGUACAGGAAGAAAGUUCAAAAUGCCUCACAUGAAAAUGCCCAACAUCAACCUGUCUCUUCCUAAAGCAAAAUUCGAAGGUGCUGACAUAAAGACACCUGAAAUGGAAAUGGAGGGACAAGGAGGAGAAAAGUUCAAAAUGCCUCACAUGAAAAUGCCACAUGUUGACAUCUCUUUGCCCAAAGGAAAAAUUGGCGAUCCCGAGGUGGAGCUCAAAGGGGAAGGUGGGAAAUUCAAGAUGCCACAUCUCAGCAUGCCCUCAGCCGAUAUUUCUCUGCCCAAAGGAAAGGUUGAAGGUCCAGAUGUUGAAAUGGAGGGAGGUACAGGAGGAAAGUUCAAAAUGCCUCACAUUAAAAUGCCACAUGUUGACAUUUCUCUGCCCAAAGGAAAGAUUGAUGGCCCAGAAGUUGAGAUGGAGGGACAAGGAGGAGGAAAAUUCAAAAUGCCUCACAUGAAAAUGCCACAUGUUGACAUCUCUUUGCCCAAAGGAAAAAUUGGCGAUCCCGAGGUGGAGCUCAAAGGGGAAGGUGGGAAAUUCAAGAUGCCACAUCUCAGCAUGCCCUCAGCCGAUAUUUCUCUGCCCAAAGGAAAGGUUGAAGGUCCAGAUGUUGAAAUGGAGGGAGGUACAGGAGGAAAGUUCAAAAUGCCUCACAUUAAAAUGCCACAUGUUGACAUGUCUCUGCCCAAAGGAAAGAUUGAUGGCCCAGAAGUUGAGAUGGAGGGACAAGGAGGAGGAAAAUUCAAAAUGCCUCACAUGAAAAUGCCACAUGUUGACAUAUCUCUGCCCAAAGGAAAGGUUGAAGGUCCAGAAGUUGAAAUGGAGGGAGGUACAGGAGGAAAGUUCAAAAUGCCUCACAUGAAAAUGCCACAUGUCAGCAUGCCCUCGGUUGAUAUUUCACUACCCAAAGGAAAGGCUGAAGGUCCAGAUGUUGAGAUAGAGGGAGAUGCAGGAGGAAAAUUCAAAAUGCCUCAUGUGAAAUUGCCACAUGUUGACAUCUCUCUGCCCAAAGGAAAGGUUGAAGGUCCCGAAGUUGAAAUGGAGGGAGGUACAGGAGGAAAGUUCAAAAUGCCUCACAUGAAAAUGCCACAUGUCAGCAUGCCCUCGGUUGAUAUUUCACUACCCAAAGGAAAGGUUGAAGGUCCAGAUGUUGAGAUAGAGGGAGAUGCAGGAGGAAAAUUCAAAAUGCCUCACAUGAAAAUGCCACAUGUCAGCAUGCCCUCGGUUGAUAUUUCACUACCCAAAGGAAAGGCUGAAGGUCCAGAUGUUGAGAUAGAGGGAGAUGCAGGAGGAAAAUUCAAAAUGCCUCAUGUGAAAAUGCCAGAUAUCAAUAUCUCUCUACCCAAAGGAAAAGUACAAGGUCCAGAUGUUGAAAUGGAGGGAGGUACAGGAGGAAAGUUCAAAAUGCCUCACAUGAAAAUGCCACAUUUCAGCAUGCCCUCGGUUGAUAUUUCACUACCCAAAGGAAAGGUUGAAGGUCCAGAUGUUGAGAUAGAGGGAGAUGCAGGAGGAAAAUUCAAAAUGCCUCAUGUGAAAAUGCCGGAUAUCAAUAUCUCUCUACCCAAAGGAAAAGUACAAGGUCCAGAUGUUGAAAUGGAGGGAGGUACAGGAGGAAAGUUCAAAAUGCCUCACAUGAAAAUGCCACAUGUCAGCAUGCCCUCGGUUGAUAUCUCACUGCCCAAAGGAAAGGUUGAAAGUCCAGACAUUAAAAUGGAAGGACAAGGAGGAGGCAAUUUCAAAAUGCCUCACAUGAAAAUGCCACAUGUCAGCAUGCCCUCGGUUGACAUCUCUCUGCCUAAAGGAACGGUUGAAGGCCCAGACGUUGAGAUGGAGGGAGAUAUAGGAGGAAAGUUCAAAAUGCCUCACAUGAAAAUGCCAGAAUUUGGCAUCUCUCUUCCCAAAGGAAAAAAACAUGGUCCAGAAGUUGAAAUGGAGGGAGGUACAGGAGGAAAAUUCAAAAUGCCUCACAUGAAAAUGCCACAUGUCAGCAUGCCCUCGGUUGAUAUUUCACUACCCGAAGGAAAGGUUGAAGGUCCAGAUGUUGAGAUAGAGGGAGAUGCAGGAGGAAGAUUCAAAAUGCCUCACAUGAAAAUGCCACAUGUCAGCAUGCCCUCGGUUGACAUUUCUCUGCCCAAAGGAAAGAUUGAUGGCCCAGAGGCGGAGCUCAAAGGGGAAGGUGGGAAAUUCAAGAUGCCACAUGUCAGUAUGCCCUCAGUUGAUAUUUCACUGCCCAAAGGAAAGGUUGAAGGUCCAGAUGUUGAGAUGGAGGGACAAGGAGGAGGAAAAUUCAAAUUGCCUCACAUGAAUAUGCCACAUGUUGACAUAUCUCUGCCCAAAGGAAAGGUUGAAGGUCCAGAAGUUGAAAUGGAGGGAGGUACAGGAGGAAAGUUCAAAAUGCCUCACAUGAAAAUGCCACAUGUCAGCAUGCCCUCGUUUGAUAUUUCACUACCCAAAGGAAAGGUUGAAGGUCCAGAUGUUGAGAUAGAGGGAGAUGCAGGAGGAAGAUUCAAAAUGCCUCACAUGAAAAUGCCACAUGUCAGCAUGCCCUCGGUUGACAUUUCUCUGCCCAAAGGAAAGAUUGAUGGCCCAGAGGUGGAGCUCAAAGGGGAAGAAGGGAAAUUCAAGAUGCCACAUGUCAGCAUGCCCUCAGUUGAUAUUUCACUGCCCAAAGGAAAGGUUGAAGGUCCAGACGUUGAGAUGGAGGGACAAGGAGGAGGAAAAUUCAAAAUGCCUCACAUGAAAAUGCCACAUGUCAGCAUGCCCUCGUUUGAUAUUUCACUACCCAAAGGAAAGGUUGAAGGUCCAGAUGUUGAGAUAGAGGGAGAUGCAGGAGGAAGAUUCAAAAUGCCUCACAUGAAAAUGCCACAUGUCAGCAUGCCCUCGGUUGACAUUUCUCUGCCCAAAGGAAAGAUUGAUGGCCCAGAGGUGGAGCUCAAAGGGGAAGGUGGGAAAUUCAAGAUGCCACAUGUCAGCAUGCCCUCGGUUGAUAUUUCACUGCCCAAAGGAAAGGUUGAAGGUCCAGAUGUUGAGAUGGAGGGACAAGGAGGAGGAAAGUUCAAAAUGCCUCACAUGAAAAUGCCACAUGUUAGCAUGCCCUCGUUUGAUAUUUCACUACCCAAAGGAAAGGUUGAAGGUCCAGAUGUUGAGAUAGAGGGAGAUGCAGGAGGAAGAUUCAAAAUGCCUCACAUGAAAAUGCCACAUGUCAGCAUGCCCUCGGUUGACAUUUCUCUGCCCAAAGGAAAGGUUGAAGGUCCAGAAGUUGAAAUGGAGGGAGGUACAGGAGGAAAGUUCAAAAUGCCUCACAUGAAAAUGCCACAUGUCAGCAUGCCCUCGGUUGAUAUUUCACUACCCAAAGGAAACGUUGAAGGUCCAGAUGUUGAGAUAGAGGGAGAUGCAGGGGGAAAUUUCAAAAUGCCUCACAUGAAAAUGCCGAAUGUCAACCUCUCAUUACCUAAAGGAAAAUCAUGCACAAUUGAAGGAGCGAAGCUGGAGAUUGAGGGAGAGGGAGGCAAAUUUAAAAUGCCACACAUGACAAUGCCCUCAGUAGACAUAUCACUGCCAAAAGGGAAGACUGUAGGUCCCGAAGUUGAAAUUAAGGGAGUGGGUGGAAAGUUCAAGAUGCCUAAUGUUGACAUAACUAUCCCUAAAGGAAUGGCAAAUGUUGACGCACCAGAGCAGAAAGUGGAGGCAGAAGGAGGAACCAUAAAGUUGCCACAUGUCAAGAUGCCAAUGGUUGAUAUUUCACUUCCAAAAGGUAAAAGUAAAGACAUUGAAGCACCUGCUUUGGAGAUGGAAGCCACAGGAGGAAAAGUCAAAGGCCUAGAUGUUAAACUCUUAAAGGGGGAUGUCUCCAUUGAGACAGGAGGGAAAAUUAAAGUGCCACAAGUCACAUCACCAGAUCUGGACAUUGAUGUGACACUUGGUAAACACAAACAAGACACAGAAGGUCAUGGGGAAGCUGAUUUGCAUGUUGAGGGACAGCACAAAGGUCUGAAAUUCAAGAUGCCAACAAUAGAUAUCAAAGUUCCAAAAGGAGACAUAGAGCUUGAUCUAGGACUUCAUAGGGGAGAGGACAAAAAGGACAGGAAAAAAGUUGAACUACCUGACUUGGAUCUCAACAACGCAGGAACCAGCAGCAAAGUAAAAGGGCCUAAAGUCAAAGGCACAAAAUUCAAGAUUGGAAUGCCAAAAAAGAAAAAUGGAAAAGAUGUGACAACAGAAGUGAAAUCAAGCAAAAACGGUGAUGAUGACGAUGGUCAACUUAAAAAAAAAUUAGAGCAUGGCGUUGAUGUAAGCAUCUCUUGUCCCACAAUCUCAGGCCCCAAUGGGCAUACAGAGGACAAACAUCGUAUUAAUAUCCCAGUUCCAGGAAUUACAUUACCAAGUGUUAGUCUGAAAACCAAACAAGGCUCAACCACCUCAGGAACAGGUGAAAACGUUGGCCUCUCAUCAUCCACUGCAGAAAUCAAAGCUCCCAGGAUUCCAGACAUAGAGUUUGAUAUUGGUACAUCACAGGAUGAAGAUGAGGACAAAACAGAAAAGGGAAAGAAAGUCAAAAUCCCUAAGUUUGGUGUCCCAUUACCUUCCAUCUCCUCUCCUGAAGGAAGGAUGGAUAUCCAUGGGCCAGAAAUUCGGUAUGAGGGCCCUAAAAUGCCCAAAGUAAAAAAAGCUGUUUUUGUCUUGGUAAAUCCUCCUCGAACAGAUGAACCCGCUGCAUGUGCAGGCGUCCAAGUAGAGGAGAUAACAGCUAAUGCUCAAACAGAGGACGUCAAAAUGAAGGUGCCCAAAAGCCAAAUGAAGUCAAGCUUUGGGAAGUCCAAAGACAUAUCAGCUGCUGUGAGCACAGAGAGAGAGGGGGAGGGAGAGGAGAAGUCAAGGGGAGGGAAGUUGAAAAUGCCUAAAGUGUCAUUUUCGCCUGGCAAAUCAGGGUCAUUUGAUGUCAAGAGCGAAGGCUCAAGUUCAAGUCUCAAUGGUGAAAAAGAUGGAAGUCCUCACAAGGGCUCCAAGGACAAUAAAGGGACAUUCAGUAGUAAAAUCAAACUUCCAAAUGUGGAGUUCACCUCUCCAUAUGGCAAGUUGGCUGAUUCAUCACCAGCAAAAAUGAGGGGAGACACUAAAGAUUUCCAUGAGGAGUCCUCAAAGGAUGUGGUGUCAUCUCACGCCAGAACAGACAUGCUGGACAGGGACAGCUCAGAGUCCCCCUCUGGUUUUACCAUGGAGUUAAGCUCGGGAAAGGUGGAGAGCAAAAGCAGGGAGUGGGAGUCUGAAGAAAAAGGGUCUUCCCCCUGGUUCAAGGUCCCUAAGUUUACCCUGAAGCCACACUCGACAGGCUUCCUCCAGAUAACCCCAGAGGGUUCUCCUCAAGCCCAGCGAAAGGGGGAGGUUGGAGGUGAGGCCAACGUCUUGGGGUCUUUCUGUCUCCACACCUCAGGAGUCGACUUCACCACCCAGGAAAUGUCCGAAGAGCACCAUGUCUCCACCACUGAGAAAGGGACAGUCACCAUGGUGACAAAAACCUCCAGAGUCACCCACCAAAUGGUCACCACUGAAACGCAAACAGGUGAAUCUUCGACAACCACGACAACAACUCGUCAAGUGUCGGACUUCUGAGAACUACUGAGGAUGCUGUAAUGAUAUCUUAAAUGUCUUUUAAUAUUUUUUUUCUUUGGUGAGGUUGCAGUGUUCUUGUAAGCUAAGCCUGCAACAUGGCAAACCUCUAUUGAAUAAAAAGUCUUUAUUUUAUAUUUUAAUAGGUGAGGUAUGAAUGUGAUGAAAAGCAAUGACAUUUCAUCAACCAGCAUUAUUGUCAUUAUUACAGCAGCAGAGUAAUAUAUACUUCCAUUUUUUCAUUUUAAAUGUGACUAUUUUUGUUACUGUUCUUCAAGUUUUGUUAGUUUAGUCCAAAUUAUUUAUCAGAUUUUGUUUGGUUUUAAAGAUUUCACUCUGAAUGUAAACAUGUCAGAUUGCUUCAUAAUUUAUUGUUGUUCAUGUUUUCAAAAUGCGCUGGAGUGACUCAUCAUAUUUUCAUAUAGAUCAUCAGCAUCAUUGAUUGUGGUUUUAUAAUAAGUUCAAAAUAGUUCAUUUUGAACCACUACACUACAGGCCAGAAUAAUAUUUAUGUAAAUAAAACUUAUAAUUGCUUCUUUGAAGCAGUAUCCCUUCAGUACAAAAUGUAAUUAUUUUCAUAUUCACCAAGUGUCAGGAGUAGGAAUUAUAUUUUUGGACCUGAUAACCUUUUCUGUUUGUCUUGAGCAAGAGGCAUGAGCUUUUUUUUUGAGAUUAUAGGAUUUUCUCAUUUUCUGCCAUAUAAUUUUAUUAUAUUUUAAGAAUUUAGCUGGUGCUGUUACCCAGAGCUAGUCACAGUGAGUGAGUCUUGCUUAAAGACACUCUGGACUCUUUUUCUGCUGUGGGGAUCAAACCUGUGACCUUCUGGUUACAGGUUGCUCUCAAAAAUUUAGGUCAACCUGCUGCUAAUCUUUUUUUUUUUUCCUGUACACUGCCAGAAAAAGACUCUAUACUACUGUAUAUUUUAGGAUUGGGUUUUUAGCUUCAAGAUUCAUCUCCUGACUGACGUUAAUGUUUUGAAACUCAGCUGUGUACUGUGUUGAGUUUCAAAACAUUGGCAUUGAGCUGGGAGGAAAUUUGGGGUUUUAGGGGUGGUGUUGAACACUAUAACAAAAUAACUGAGUGGAGUUUUAAAGGUAAAAACCUUUUUAACUUGACCCUGUAACAAUAACUAACCUGCUAUAAACUACUUUACCAUAAGGCUGCUACAAUGACAGACUGGCUAACGAGUGGCAAGCCUUGAUCUUGUACUAAAGCCAACAAGCUAUUUCAUCUAAAGACAGUAGAGAGGGGGAUAAGACAAGAGGACCAAGGCACAUUUCCCUUGUUUUUGAUAAUCUGACAUUAUUCAGUUUAAUAUAUACAUAUUUUUAAGAUCUAUUAAGAAACUGUGUAUGUUAAAAAGAUUAGUAUCAGAUUAAUAGAAGCAUAUUUAAAUGCCUUUACCUUUACCCCCAAAUUGCUUUGAGAAGGAGGUGAAAAGCCUUGUGCUGUCUUUGACUCAACAUUCAGACAUUUAGGUUUCAUUCCCAAAUGCAAUACUUGUCUUUUCAGAAUAAAACAUCUACUGUAAUAUUGCUUACAUUAAAAUAAAAUACACUUUUGAAUACUGAUGAUUUUACACAAACUAUAGCCAUUUACUUACCAGAUAACAGUUUACAAGAUCAGAUUUUCCUAAAUAAUGAGCUAUUUUUUCAAGCAAGCUGUAAAGCAUUUGAGAAUGAACACCUUACUUUUUACUUUACUUGGUUGCCUUUAGUUUACUUGGUUGGUAGCUGGAAUGAAAAUGUGUGAUGAAAUGCAUCGAGAAGUCCUAACAUAUCCACUCCCACAAGUUUUUCCAUUAACAAUUUUAACACUGUGCCUGUUUUGCAGGUGAAAAAACAAUAGAUUUUUUCAAAAAGCUGGAACAAGAGUAGUGACAUGUUAAGGUAACACGCACUGAGUAGUAUCUAUGUGUAUAGAGAUUUGUACCUUUCUGGUUUAAUCAAGUCUUUGAUUUUUGUUUCUUUUAGACUAUAAGGGUUUCAGUGCCAAGUGUUUGUCAAAGCUGCAUUGGAGAGACUGUUGGUUAAGAUGUUACAUCAAUAAAAUAAUAUUCACACAAAAAUGGA